CAGUUCUCGUGUGCGGAUGAAUUCUCGCGAUAGUUGCUGUAGCUGAAAAUCCUAGGAGCAAAGCAGGGAGCAUGACAUGUCAACACAACAGAUAAAUUAUCACCACACAGGCAUGUAAGGCUACUCCACCUGGACCUACGCCUCCUCCACCAGCAUCCUCCUCACCUGCUGUCUCCAUGACAACCCCUCCACUAGUGUCGCCCUUUGGCGGGCAGCCUCCGCCUCCAGCGCCGCCACAGCUGCAGCUGCAGCAGGCCCAGGCGGCACGGGAUGUCAACACGGCCUCUCUGUGUCGCAUCGGACAGGAGACGGUCCAAGACAUUGUCCUCAGGACCAUGGAGAUCUUCCAGCUCCUGAGGAACAUGCAGCUCCCGAAUGGAGUGACUUACAACCCAAACACCCACGGGGACCGGCUGGGGAAACUGCAGGAGCACCUACGGAUGCUUUCUGUGCUCUUCCGCAAGCUGCGCCUCGUCUACGACAAAUGCAACGAGAACUGCUCCGGGAUGGACCCGAUACCCCCAGAGCAACUGAUACCCUUCAUGGAGGAUGACGGCUCUAAACACGAGGAACGCUCAGCUGGCCACAGCCGCCCUGCCACCGAGGAGAGGAGAGAAAUCCUGGAGGUCAACAAGAAACUGAAGCAGAAGAACCAGCAGUUGAAGCAGAUCAUGGACCAACUACGCAAACUCAUCUGGGAAAUCAACGCCAUGCUGGCGGUCAGGAGCUGAGACACACACACAUUUACUAUAAGUGAUGGACGGGAAGAUUUGGUCAUUAACUGGACGUGUGACAAGGUACCGCUGCACUUUAAAGAAGAAAUUGAGACAUUGGCAAUAUCAACCCGUUUCCAGAAGACAUGAAA